UGUAGAUGGAGCUGUCCGGCCCCGGCGAGGGGGAAGGCGCCUGGAAAACGUUCUUCUUCUCCCUGGCCGGCCCGAGCGGGGAACAGCACUCCCAGGAUGCAGUUUGUGUCAACACGGCCGCAGCCUCAGCAGCUGGGCAUCCAGGGCCUGGGGCUGGACAGCGGGAGCUGGAGCUGGGCCCAGGCUCUGCCCCCGGAGGAGGUCUGCCACCAGGAGCCGACGCUGCGCGGGGAAAUGGCCGAGGGAAUGCCGCCCAUGCAGGCUCAAGAAUGGGACAUGGAUGCCCGACGACCGAUGCCUUUUCAGUUCCCGCCCUUCCCAGAUAGGGCACCCGUCUUCCCUGACCGCAUGAUGAGAGAGCCCCAGCUGCCCACAGCAGAGAUCUCUCUCUGGACCGUGGUGGCCGCCAUUCAGGCCGUGGAGAGGAAGGUGGAGGCCCAGGCCAGCCAGCUGCUGAAUCUGGAGGGGCGGACGGGGACGGCCGAGAAGAAGCUGGCCGACUGCGAGAAGACGGCCGUGGAGUUUGGGAACCACAUGGAGAGCAAGUGGGCCGUGCUGGGGACGCUGCUGCAGGAGUACGGGCUGCUCCAGAGGCGGCUGGAGAACAUGGAGAACCUGCUGAGAAACAGAAACUUCUGGGUGCUGCGGCUGCCUCCAGGCAGCAAGGGGGAGGUCCCCAAGGUACCGGUGACGUUUGUCGACAUCGCCGUCUACUUCUCUGAGGAUGAGUGGAAGAACUUGGAUGAGUGGCAGAAGGAGCUUUACCACAACCUCGUCAAGGAGAACUACAAAACCCUGGUGUCCCUGGACGGGGAGGGCGCAGUGCCCAAGCCGGAUGCGCCAUCCCAGGCUGAGCCCAGGGAAGAGCCUUGCGUGUGGGAGCAGCGUGACCCCGAAGAGAGAGAAAUCCUAAUGGAUCCAGACACAGGUGCGGAGCCGCUGGUGCCUGCACAGGACUCGUCCUCUCAGGUGAAGCGGGAGGAAGCCCUGUGUGUCCGGGGCCAGCGGGGCCUGGAGGAAAGAGCCAUCCCCACCGAGUCCAUUACUGACUCACCAGCCUCCGCCCAAGACCUCUUGUCCCGGAUUAAACAGGAAGAGCACCCCUGCGUCUGGGAUCAGCACGACCUCACAGAGAGAGAUAUUCCAACGGACCCCAAUUCAGAGUCUCUGAUCUCAGCACAUGACAUUUUGUCGUGGAUCAAACAGGAGGAGCAGCCAUACCCAUGGGGCCCACGCGACUCAAUGGAAGGAGAGCUCGGAUUGGAUUCUGGCCCCAGUGACAGCCUGCUGCUGGUGAAGAACCCGCCCCCCGGCCCGCAGCAGCCGCAGCCUCCGCAGCCGGCCCCGCAGAGCCUGCCCGUGCUCCCCGCGGCCGAGACCGCGGCGGGCGGCGGGCCCCCCGACGACGGCUUCCCCGCGCCGGCCGCGGAGCGGGGCGCGGGCGGCGCGCAGGGCGGGGGCGGCGGGGGCGGCGGGGGCGCGGGCGGGGGGCCCGGGGGCGGCGGCUGCGGCAGCUGCUGCCCGGGCGGCCUGCGGCGGAGCCUGCUCCUGCACGGCGCGCGCAGCAAGCCCUACUCGUGCCCCGAGUGCGGCAAGAGCUUCGGGGUGCGCAAGAGCCUCAUCAUCCACCACCGCAGCCACACCAAGGAGCGGCCGUACGAGUGCGCCGAGUGCGAGAAGAGCUUCAACUGCCACUCGGGCCUCAUCCGCCACCAGAUGACGCACCGCGGCGAGCGGCCCUACAAGUGCUCCGAGUGCGAGAAGACCUACAGCCGCAAGGAGCACCUGCAGAACCACCAGCGGCUGCACACGGGCGAGCGGCCCUUCCAGUGCGCGCUCUGCGGCAAGAGCUUCAUCCGCAAGCAGAACCUGCUCAAGCACCAGCGCAUCCACACGGGCGAGCGGCCCUACACGUGCGGCGAGUGCGGCAAGAGCUUCCGCUACAAGGAGUCGCUCAAGGACCACCUGCGCGUGCACAGUGGUGGCCCCGGGCUCGGCGCCCCUCGGCCGCUCCAGGCGCCGCCGGAGCAAGACUAGGGCUGGGCUGGGGGAGGGGAGGGACCGGCGGCAGGGGCCAGGGGUGGGGAGCGGACCCGGGGUGGGGGUGGGGAUGGGGGGGAGUCCUGAGCACCCCUGACCCUGCCCGUGGUCCGGCGCGCCUUCCCUCCCUCUACCUGUCACCUGCUGGAAAUUGGGAAGAGGAAUUGCACUCCAGACAGGGUCCCCCUUGGGGGGUAGGGGGCCCCUAGACCUGUCCGGCCUGAACGGACGGCCAGCUCAUCUCAUACAGCGGACCGAGGGGCUGGCUGAGCGUCUUCCCCAAGGGAAGGUGCCAGAGGGACGGUGAGGAGGCGACAGUCUUCGGGCGCCCCCCUCACGCCCAGCGGGCCGCAGGGGUCACACACAGAUUGUGAUCAGGGGAAGCAACUAGGGAGUCCCAGGAGCCUUCUGAGAUGAGGUCCCGAGGUUCAGAGAUGCCGAGAAAGCUAGCAAACGCGAGUCGGCGAGCGAGGGGUGGGCUAAGGGGUAACAUCUCUGAUGACAGCACUGCCUCGCGUUCGGAUAGCGCUUUCUACUUUUUUAAAACGUGUUUUCUAUCCGUUAUCCGUUCUUACCCUUAGCCUGUCCCUCUGAGGUAGAUGGGGUAGGGUUGUCGCCGCUUGGUAACAGAGAGGAGAGACCCAGAUGGCUGGUUUACCCAAGGUCACGCAAGACGAGAGCGACAGGGCUCCUGGGCCCCAGAGCAGUGUCCCCCACCGCACACACUGCCUACCUCCCAUGUCUGAGAGACUUCUCUGGCCCGGCCUCUCUCCUGUCUCCUUCCCCCGACCCACCGCGAAUCAGAAGCAACAGGAGACCAACUCCCCGGUUAACUGGAGGGCCCCACGGUCCCUGGGGUUGCGCAUUGCGCAUCAGAGCAAGGCUCUUCCUGUGUAGACACUCCCGGGCAGUAGGUCCCCUGCCCCCAGCCUGUCCUUCCCACCUCCGGUCCUUCAAUCUGGUGCAUCUUUUCACUGCACAGUAGCGACCCGGCCCCCCAGAGGCAGCUGGUGCCCUGGGUCAGACCUCACUUUGUUGAUUUAUUCCAGUUACCCCGGGGGGAGGGGGGAGGCUCUGGCUGCAGGAGCAGCCACCGAGGAAGUGAGCCUCUUCCCAGGAGGGCCGGGCCAGCGGGUGCUAGAGUCUGAGAGCCUCAGUCUCCUGCCCUGAGCCUCCCAACUGGUGCUAUCUGUUACCUGACCACGCUCAUGGACAUGGACACGGACCCUGCAGGCGCCUCGGGAGGCGCCCAAAGGACUCCCUUGAGUUGGUGCAUCUGCUCCGUGGUCCUGAGGGGCCAUAGUCUCCAUUUCCGCGUCUUGCAUGACCAGGCACUGGGAUGGGGUGGCGCGCCCCGACACCCUUGUUUGCGUCAAGAAUGACUCCUCCUGCUCUUCCCAUCGUUUCUGCUUCUCCCUCUCCCAGUCCGGGGGCCCGGCGGGCAGCUGGCGGGUGUCCUGCCUCCCCCCUCCCCCCAUCUGCGCUGCUCUGCUUUCCUCAGACCCCUUUCUGCCAUGCAAAGGGAAUUCUUGAAACUAAAUAAAAGGUGUCCAGGUUGCAGACUGCAUUUUCACAAGGCCAGAGGGCUCUGCAGCUGUGGCUUCCUACGGUAAAGCCUCGAGGAAUCGGAGCCCAACUGGGAUUGCAUUUUUCUUCCUUCUGCUUUCUGAAGAAGGCAAAUCUUAAGAAGAGGAGUUGAGAAGUUACACCUUCAACGGAGUUUUGUUAGAGCAGAAGGGAACCUUCUAGACCAGCGUUUUCCUUUGGGAGGAAGGCAGUAAAAUCAAUAUUUUCAUAAUCUAGGACAUGGAGGAAUAAGACCAACUUUUUUUUUUUCUUUUUUGGCUGUUGAGAGUGUGAAGAAGGGGGAGAGAUCACUAUUGAGACGUGGGUUUGAUUCACCUAAACACAUAGCCGGAGUCCCUCCCUUUAUUUUAACCUCAAGGAGCUGAUUCCCAAAGAGGUUUAGUGACUGAGCCAGUGAGGGGGCCGGGGCUGUCUGGUUCCUGCGCCCUGGUCUGGCGGAUGCCACUGCGCCACGUGCCCCUCGGCUCCACCACGAGACACCCCAGCAUCUGGGACUGGCCUCUGGCGUGUCCUAGAGUGAGCUCCACCCCGGGAGCUGAUCAAAGGUGGGGACACUCAGUGUGGACCCUGGAGUCCGCUUACUGAAGCAGGACAGAGGUCAGGGGUCCUGCUUUGAAGGUGGAUUUUUAUUUUCCUUCUGAUAAUGUGUUAAUUAAAAUUAACUAUUUUAAUUUAAAAAUUAA